AUGUAUGGUCCAUCGCUGGGUCAGCGAUGUCGCCAGUGCGAUGCCGAUGUAGACAAUGACAUACGCGAUUAUCAGACCAGUACCAACAGAAGCAUUGUUAGAUUCGCCGUUAGGACUCUGAAUGAAUCCAAUGACCCGUUUGACGAGAAAUGGCUGAGCAAAAACGAAUCCCGUCUGGCACAAACGGGGAAGUAUAGCUUUACCAAUGGCUCUCUUAUUGUGCAUCAAGCUGACCAGCAAGAGAGAGUGGGCAGCCUCCUUCUGUUUGCAUGCGCUCCAUUUGGUACUCAGCCGAGUGUUGGUCUCCGUGUCAAUGCACAGAUCAGCGUCAACCUCGGGAAGCGUCCUCAGCAAGUUUUGAACGACAGCGAGACGGUCGAGAUGAUCGCGACGUCCUUCAUCGGCUGCGAUCCUGACGUCCAUAAUGUUCGACAACGAGCUCCGUCGAACACCAAUGUCAAUAAUAGAAAAGAUGAAAUAAGGGACACUGGCCGUACGCUGCGCAAAUGA